CUGAGUUCUCCAGUCGUCCCUUUAUACUCCUGACACCUUGCCUUCCAUUUGCCUUGGUGGUGUCUGCUCACGAUGGUGUUGUUGGCUCAUCGUGAGCCUUCUUCUGUAGUGAGCACUCUUGCACGCCCUUCCGGUUCAAUCCUGGUUCUGGGGUUACAUUGUCCUCCUUUGGCGGGGCUGUCGGGUCCCGAUGGCUUGGGCGACCCUUGUGUCGCUUAAGUUCGUAACACGAUGCCUCCCCUCCUUAGCCGACGUCCUCGGCGGCUUUGCUAAUUUUCCUGACGUGUCUGCUCACUCUUAUCUCUACACCGCUCGCUCCAUUAUUCUAGAUACAUUCGUCUGCAAGAAGUUCCCUGGGAACGCGAAGUGCAGCGAGUGCGUCCGCAGCGCUCGUCCUUGCGUGGAGGUGGACUAUGACUCGGAGUUAACUCGGAUGGUCGCGGAGAAUGAGAAGUUGAAGCAGGAGCAGGCAGCACUUGUGAAAGCGAUGCAAGACCAUGCUCUCCGUUUGUCCGAGGUACAGCGGCGACAGGAAGAGUUGGCGGAGAAGGCUCGCGACGUGUCCCGUGUCGCGAUGGCUGAGUUGGAGACUUCGGAUGAGGAGGAUAGAGCUGCUGGGAAAGAGCCUGAGCCUCUGCCUGAGGAGCAACCGGCGGAGGCGUCUACCUCCGCCGCCUCUGCGCCCGCGGAUUGGACGGUUUUGGACGCGACGUCCUUUCCGGUUUCUUGGUUAGGCAGUCCUUCUCCCCUGGUCGAUCCGGAUUCCUCCGGUGGAAUUCCUCCAGCUUCUCAGGGCAAUUCAAAUUCUUGACGGGUUCCCAUGUGUUGUCCUUGGGACCAAAGCCUUCCCAUUUGAUGAGGUACUCCAGUUCUCCUUCCUCUAUCCUUGAGUCCAAGAUUUGCUCUACAUCCCAUUCUUCUUCCUCGUCCUCAAUACUGGUUCGUGUGUUGACUCGUGCGUUUUUAGGCGCUGGUUCCAGUAGUGAGAUGUGAAAUGAGUGUGAUCUUAGCUUCAUAGUGUUAGGAAUGUCCAACUGAUAUACCACAUCUGAGAUCUUCUUGAU